UACAUGUCUUCAUUAUGUAAUUCUAUUACAUGUAGUAAGACGCAUCACAUUAAUGAUGGUCAUGUUUCAACACAAUAUAUAUUUUGGUCUAUGAACCUGCAACCCUUGAAUUUGAAUAAAAUUGCUCUUUUUAAAAAUGGAAUGGUAGAAACUUCACCAUUGACUUUGAUAAGGUUAAAGAUAGCCGACAUAUAUUAUAGCUGGAUAGUAGAGUUCUAUAAAAGGUAAUGAGUGACAGUGAAAAUCACCAGAAUGGUAUGUUUCCAGAGUGGGAGAAAGGUUCUGAAAAGUCAGGAAACAGUGCAGAUGCUCUUCAUUUGAUAGAGACUGGAAAACCCAAUGGAAAACAGCAUCUGGACUUCACUGAGCAUGCUGUUGUCAACAGAUAUGAAACUAGUGAAUCAGUUGACACAUCACAUAAAGAUGAUGAUGACGAGGAGAUCUCAUUGCUGCAUGGGUGUUUUGAGAAAAUUCCCAUGAAAGAUUUCCAUGCAGAAAUACGAGCAUACAAAGAUGUUGAAGACUUCCUUAAUAGUACACUGUUACUUUUAAAUCUACAACAAAGUGGUUUAACAGAAAUCAUAGAUGCAAUGUUGAAAAAGCUACAUGAGAAUUCCGAUGACGGGUCAGAGUUCACGUUAGAGGAAGCAAGACAUGCUAUAUUUACACAAGAUUCAGUCCAUGAUAAGAACUUGUCAGUGCACACCUUGAGUAGAACAAUACAGGGUACAACAACCAGUGAAGACAGUGGAUUUGAUUUUGAUCAGUCGUGGAUAUGUGCCAUGUGUGAGCUAUCUAACUUAACAAAGAGACAUGUAGUUAUAGCCAGAUUAGCACAUCCAGCCAAUCUUGGUAGUACGAGUCAGGAAGUCCAGAUCGUUAUACUGGUCCUUACACCGACAGUAGAGAAAAGUACAAAGAGUGCUCUAGAGACGGCCAGGACAUUUUCUACGUUAUUCAUUGACAUGGACUAUAGACACAAACUUUUAGAAGUGCAAACAGAGUCUGAAUUCAAACAAUUACUUCAGCAAAGAACAAAGCUGCUAAGCUCACAUCAAGGUCUUCCAGAAAACAGAAAAUCUCAUCUUGUCUUAUCGGACUUUGAGAAGGAUGAGGCUGAAGAAUCAAAAUGUCCGUUAGGAAGAGGGAUGAUUAAUGAUCUAAAGAGAAGAUUACCACAUUACUGGUCAGAUUAUAAAGAUGGCGUUUUUGGAAAAAGAACAAUACACAAAGUGAUAUCAACGACAUUCUUCUUGUACUUUGCCUGUGUUUUACCCAAUAUAGCAUUUGGAAUGUUAAACGACAGUAACACAGAUGGUGCUAUAGGUGUGCAGAAAAUUUUGUUCUCACAAUGUGUGGGAGGACUUUUGUUUGCAGUAUUUGGAGGACAACCAUUAAUUGUACUCUUAACCACAGCACCACUAGCUCUAUACACAAAAAUUAUAUAUUCCAUAUCAGAAGAUUUUGAUCUGGAUUUUAAUGCCAUGUUUGCGUGUGUCGGACUGUGGAAUGCUUUCUUUCUCAUUAUAUAUUCAGUUUUUAAUCUCAGUAAACUCAUGAAAUAUUCAUCAAGAUCCACAGAGGAAAUAUUUUCCUUAUUCAUAGUGUUUGCAUUCUCUGCUGAUGCCAUAAAAGAUACAGUUAAAGAUUUCAAUAAGAAUUAUUAUAGCAGUUCCUGUGAUGGCCUCUCUCAAGGAAGUUUAGUAAAUCAAACAAACAUAAGUGUUGUAACCAUGGCGAGUGUAAACUUGUCUGAUACAACAACACCAGCAGGAAACAUGAUACAGGACUGUCUGAAGGAGAACAGUAUCCUCUUCCUCUUGCUCAUGCUCGGAACAGUCUGGCUGGGGAUCACCUUAUAUAACUUUACUAAAACACCUUUUUUGAAUGCAGGGAAGAGAGAAAUGUUGGCCGACUAUGCACUUCCAGUAGCUGUAUUAGCUAUGUCAUUCUUUGGUUCCUUUGUCUUCAAAGAUAUAAAAUUGAAGCCAUUUACCUAUAGAACGAAUGUAGAGUUUUUUGUUGUGGCACCUAUCCACACCUUACCAUGGGGAGCAGUCCUUGGAGCUGCAGGACUGGGUUUCUGUUUAUCCUUGUUGUUCUUUAUGGAUCAAAACAUAUCAAGUGCCUUAGUGAAUGCUCCAGCCAAUAAAUUAAAGAAAGGAGCAGCCUAUCACUGGGAUUUAUUUACUGUAGCAAUAAUUAAUGCUUUUCUGUCUAUCUUUACAUUCCCAUGGGUACAUGCUGCUCUCCCUCAUUCCCCACUACAUGUUAAAGCACUUGCUGAUAUGGAGGACAGGGUAGACCAAGGCCAUGUCCAUCAAAUAGUAGUGUAUGUGAGAGAGACCAGACUGACUGGGAUUAUCUCCCAUAUAAUGAUUGGUCUGUCUUUGUUGCUAUUACCUUAUCCAAUGAGUUACAUUCCACGACCAGUAUUAGACGGACUUUUCCUGUACAUUGCCAUCACAGCUUUGUUUGGUAAUCAGAUGUUUGACAGAAUUAUGCUGUUUUUCACUGAGCAGGCAGCGUACCCACCUAACCAUUACAUAAGACGAGUGCCACAGAGGAAGAUCCAUUUGUUUACAGUCACACAGAUAUUACAACUAUUUGUCCUCUGUAUAUUUGGAUUCUCACCGAUUCCCUACAUGAAAAUGGUGUUCCCAAUUCUCAUCAUGUUACUGAUGCCUAUAAGGCAUAAACUGACACCAAAGUUCAUUGAGCCUAAAUAUCUCAAAGCUUUAGAUGGACAUUGAAAGAACAGAAUAAUAUUAAAGAUGGCAGCCAUAUAUACUAACAGUUCCUGAUCAGCAUGUUCUGUGCACUUUGUCAAGAAUUGUGUCUGGAUUUUUUUCAACUCAUAUUUUCAAUUAAUUUAUACAAAAAGAAAGAUUUAAAGUGUUAGUCUGCUUCUACAGAUGAAGUGAAUUUCUUCUUUGAUGUUUAUAAUACAGUAGAUUUUUUAACCACUAGUUCUAUACACAUUUAGAUUUUUCUGUAUUAAAAAGAUGCAAAAGACCCAAAUGAAAAUUCAUCAGUAUUGAAUAGCUGAUAAAGAAUUACACCAAAAAUACAGAAUGUUGUUUCUUAUUAUUAAUAUUUAAUAAUGGAAGAUCUCUUUUUGCUCUGAUAAUGAGAGAUGUCUUUUUGCUCAACUAUCAAUAUUGAAAUUAUUAAAUUACUCAACGAAAAAAAAAUAAUUAUUAAACCAUCGACAAUAUGCUUAAAGAAAGCGUGAACAAAUGGUUGUUUGGUGUUUGAGAACCAAACAUUUUAUGAGCUCAAAUCAACCAUAUUAUUGGUUUCCAAAGAAACAUUUUAUGGGUUUAUAAAUGAUGCUACUGUUAUGCAAGUGAUUUGAUAUGUGUCAAAAUAGUUUUGUUGUAAAUAUAUACAUGAAGUCAUUUUAUUUUGUCGCCAAUGCAGCUUGAUGUGCACUCUCAUUACUCGACACUGAUAUGAUCUUGAACAUUUUCAUACAUUUUGUACAGUUCAUAUAAUACAAUGUCAUUUCAUAUGGAUAUUUAACCAAUUCAAAUUAAAGGAUGAAAGGAAAGUAUGGAUCAUACAUUUUCUUAAAUUCCAACAAUUUAGUCAAAAUAUGUAUCCAGAAAAUUGAAAUUCACUAUUUGCUCAUGCAGAUUUUGAACGAGUGGUUAAAUAAAAUAAUUAUUUUGUUAGAUGUAAAAUAUUUUCUUUUUCGUGUGUUAAUUUUGACAUAGAUUUUAUACAAGUAUUAUUGUAUUAAAAAAUAAACAUCAAGUUUGGUUGAAAUUAGAAAACAAAUAUCAAUAAAGAUAACUGAAUUUUAAAACAAGGUCCAAGACUUGUAGGGCAUUAGAGUCUUAGCUUUGUGUUCUUCUGUAUUUGUUUAUUUUCUUUAGUUCAAACUUAGACUGACCAGGGUAUCACUGUUGAUAACUUUACUGACCAUAAUGUAUUAUGAUGGUAACACUAAUUGACUUUAAUGAUAUUUCUUCAGAACAGGAUAUUGUUAUUGAUACACUGACUCAUUGUGAGUAUCAUUAUACUGGAUACACUAAUUCAUGGUUUCAGCACACAAGCCUAUACAGUAUUUAUAUUUAGUUGAAUAUAUAAAUUGUUGGUUCACCAUAUAUUCUGAGCACUUUUUUCUAUGAAAAGUCAUUGUGCCAUUUUAACUUAUAUGAAUGCUAUUUGAAGUGUAUUUAGUUUUUCCAUUUUGUUCACUCAGACACUUGCCAGUAGUUCCACUUAUUUUCAGUUGUACAUUUGUAAAUAUUUUGCAUAUCUUUUGUGUUUUGAAAUUUGUAAGGUUUUUGCAAGUCUUUCAAAAUAUUGUCAAGAAUUUUCAAUUUUAAUGAAAAUUUCCGUGUUUAAGUCUGUGACAGUGACUUUUGAUUGUUAUGUUUAUUUAUUAUAAUAUUUCAAUGUUCGAUUGGAUUUUAUAAUUGUAAAUAAUGAUAAGAGUGGAUAUUAGUCAUUUGUUAUUUACAAUAUGCUGCUAUUUGCAGUAUUUGUUAAUCAAGAAUUUGUUACCCAGAAAGCUAUUUUUAAUAAAAUUUAUUUU